AUGGCCCAACCAUCUCACUCGGUCGGCUUCUCGCACCUUCCACCAGAGCUUCGCUGCCGUAUUUUCGAUUUCCUUGGAGCACGUCACACAAUCACAGUCGAUCAAAAGACUUCUACUGAAGCUUCGAAGAUCAACAUCGGCCUGCCAUCUGUCUCGAAAGAGUUCGUCGCCACUGGCAGAGCCUCCAUUCUGAAAUCCGCAACUUGGCAAUUCUCCGACAUCAGUGCCGCUCACACACAGCAGCUCCAGGCAGCUGCCGAAGACUCUGCUCUUCGCCGCUUGGUACAUCUGCGUAUCGAUGCGCGUGAGAUCGACCCACUGCGCCUCCUAGCGAAGCUUUCAGAGUCGCCGCACUUCAAGCCAUGGACCAUCACCGUUGUCGGAUGCACUCCUCGGAACUUCAACACGGCACCAAAUCGCUCACAGACGAGGGUUGACUCGCUCCUUCUCGGGGUUCCCGACUGGAAUUUGCCAGCUCAGCUACAAAGCACAACAUGUCGAGGCUUGGAGAGAAACGGCAUCGCCUCCUCUCCUUUAGUACGUGCUCUCCAACGCCUCAAGAGCCUCCGCGACGUUCGGAUUGAAAUCCAGCCUUGUGACACUUGUACAAUAGGUGAGAUAGGCUAUGACUGCGACUACCGCCUCUUGGCUCGUACUAUCGAGCAAAUCAUUUUAUGUGGACGUGUCGGACUUGAGGAAGAGAAUGGCCAGUCACGCGAUUUAAUGCGCCAUCUAGGAGAAAUUGAAGAAGAGGGUCUCGUUCUCAUCCAAAGUUUGGCGGAAAGAGAUGAUUUCGAGGCGAUUGGCGCAGAUGUAGGCAGGGAUAUGGAAGAUGAGUUGACAGAUGAUGAAUUGCCGGAUGAGGAGGGAUAUAGCAGUACCCAGUGAAUGGAGGGAACGUAGCAUGAAUACGAGCAUAAUGGCAUUUAGUUCUACGAG